AUGCUUUGCUCUCAUGUACGAGAGUUUCAACAACUGCCCAGAACUCUGGAAAUUCUUCCCCUUCUCCGUAAAAACGAGCUCUUGAAUUGUCCUGGCUUCUAUGGAGACGGGACGCCAAUUAGUUUGACCGAUGCACCAAAAGGAUGUGUAGUGCUUUUUGUAGAAGUGGCAGACACUGGCACGAAUACGCACACUACUCCGGUCAACUGGCAUGCUGCCUCUUAUAUAGGAAUUUCAAUCGCAACGCCCGGCUGUGAUGUUAUUGGGAUCAUAAGCCACGAAAUUGGACAUGCUCUUGGAAUUUUCCAUGAACAAGCUCGUCCUGACCAGGAAAGGCAUAUUGCUGUCAAUUACAACAAUAUCCCAAUCAGUCGAUGGAGCAAUUUUAACUCAUUUGGUCCCGGACAAGCGGAAACGUACGGACUACCCUACGACACAGGAUCCGUGAUGCACUAUGGCCCAUUCGGAUUCUCAUCGGAUCCUGACAAACCAACAAUACGAACACUUGAGAGAAUCCAACAAUCCACGAUCGGUCAGAGAAUUGGCCCAUCAUUUCUUGACUACCAAGCGAUCAAUGUUGCAUAUGGGUGCACAAAUCAUUGUUCACCAAUGUAUUGUUAUCAUAACGGAUAUCCUAAUCCAAACAACUGCUCUGUAUGUACAUGUCCUGAUGGAUUCCAUGGGGAAUUUUGUGAAUCAAUCCAACCUUCAUUAGGAGAUUGCGGUGCUGUUAUAAUGGUCUCCAACAAGACACGGUUCAUCAAUAGUGCGAAUUAUCCUCAUGGAUUUAAAAAAGGAGUCGAAUGUUUCUGGCUUCUUCGAGCACCGAGGGAAGGUCGUGUUUUUCUGGAAUUCGCGGAGCCUUUCGAAUUUCUCUGUGAGGAUACAUGUGAUAAGUCAUAUGUGGAAGUGAAAUAUCAUAGCGAUAAGCGUCUCACAGGAGCCAGAUAUUGUUGUUCGUCACCACCAAAAGAACGAUUCAUUUCUCUUGACAAUGAGCUUGUUGUAAUUAUGCGAGGAUACGUUGAAGGAUAUCGAGGAUUUCGAGCCAAAUUCUGGUCUGAUGUAUCUGAACCAAUCUUGGAAACGACCAAGUACAUCACUUCUGCUAUUCAAACAACACCAACAUCCACUCGUCAAGCUACUUUACCGACUACAACUGAAACUCCAAAAACCACUGAAGAUCUGCUGGCAAUUCCCAAAAUUUCUUUUACUGAUAAAACAGUUGAACCCACACAUCGAUGGUCUGAAAAACCGUUUACUUUAACUUCUACAAGACGUAACACACCAAAAACUGGAACCAAGACUUGGGGAAAUCGUCACACAAUUGGUCCAUUGCGGACCACAUCCACGAGAAAUACAUCACUGCUUACUCUUGUCGCCACAACUACACAACUACCGACCCGUCGAACUUCACCACAAAUAACCUCGCUUUCUACAACGACCAUUCACUCUACAAUGAUCACUUCGCGGUCUUCCGGAAAAGAAGAAUGUGACUGUAGGUCUUGGUCAGAAUGGGUUGGAGAAUGUGCACAACCAUGCGGUGGUUGCGGCCAUCGGGUUCGCACAAGACAAUGUCAUAAAGCCAACUGCCGGAAUGAAGAAAAACGGACUUGCAACUUCAGUGCUUGUCCAUCUGGUACUAACUUUCUAAUAAAUAACGGAGAAUUCCAUAUUUUAUGGAGAGGUUGCUGCGUAGGAUUGUUCAGGUCGGAGGACGAAUGCACAACAUUGGACACUGAUGAAAACCCAUUUCUAAGAUUAAUCACUUCAUUUCUUAGUAUUCAGGAUAUUCAGGAUAUACAUCGCAGUGACAUUCGUAUGAAAAUACCGGAAAAGAGACACCAAAAUACGAAUUAA